CGCGGCUCAGACUCCCUUGGCAGGAAGCGCAGUUCCUCCCAAUCAGACGGGUCAGAGAGUAGAGCCGGGAAUACACAGAUAGUUCCCUGUCUCAGCCGGAGAGCUCAAGCCAUGUAUAUGCAGGUAGAGAGCCGGACAGGAACCCUCUUACACCUAAAGAGGAAUCCCAGCAUACGGUCCUGGUCGCUUCUGGUGGGAAUCUUAUCUGUGGGGCUAGCCGCUGCCUACUACAGUACAGAUACCUGGCUUUGGAAGCUGUUCUAUGUGGCUGGCUGUGCCUUUGUGGCUCUUCAGAACUUGGAAGACUGGGAGGAAGCCGUUUUUGAUAAAAAGAGUGGAAAGGCCAUUCUGACUACGUACAGCAUAUACAAGAAACUACUGACACUCUGCAAAGGAGGACAGGAUCAAGUGGUGGUACUCUUAAAGGAGAUCAGAGACGUCAAUGUUGCAGAAGAGAGAGUGCGCUAUUUCGGGAAGGGUUACGUGAUCGUCCUGCGCUUUGUUACAGGCAUCUCCCACCCACUGACCCAGAGCGCUGUGCUAGGGGCGAGAAGUGACGUUGAAGCCGUGGCUAAAGAGCUGACAAAAUUUUUGGAACUUGACCUUGUGAGAACCCGGUCCCAAGCAGUGGAAGAGAGUAGUGACAGCGAAAGUGACGGAGCCCUGGACAAGCAAUAAGUGCCUGCUGCAAGAGUUUGGGAACUUGCUGGCAGACCAGUAUAUUUUUGAGAAAGCGGUUAUCCCAAAGCCAGCUGGUUUCAGCGUAAGGCAUUCCACUGAUCAUUACAAGCUAGACUAGAAAAUUCUUUGCAUUUGAUGACAUCGCAGACAAAAUUGCAGGGUAAAAGAAAAACUUUUGGUCUUUUAUAAAUACGGGCAUUUAAAAGGAACGUACCUAAAGUGUCCUGAACGUUGGCCAUAAAAGGGCCAGGAUAAGCGGAGGAUUCAGCCUCAUCAAGUCAAGUCAGCAGCUUACUAGCCCAUGUACGGAGUCUUCCCAGCGUAUAUCGUCUUUGGGCCGAUAUCUGCCGGGCAAUAGUUGCUUGGGCCUCCUGAUGCUGUCCUCUCCCAAUAUUGUGAUGCAAUCUUCAACCUAAGGGCCAAAAUAUUGGACUCCAAUUUAGCCCAGUGUACAAAGAUCCAAUCAAGACUGCUUUCUUCUGCAUAUUAAGAGUGCCAUCAUUAGUAAUCUUUAUCCUCCAAAGUCAAUAUAGUGUAGUGCAUUACUUGCUAGUGAAACAGAAUCAUGUUUUUUUUACUUUUUAUGAUACAGGCAUAGGAUCUGUUAUCUGGAAACCCAUUAUCCAGAAAGUUGCAUAUUACAGGAAGACCAUCAAUCAUAGACUCCAUUUUAAUCAAAUUUAAUUUUUUAAAAAUUUCCUUUUUCUCUGUAAUAAUAAAACAGUAGCUUGUACAUGAUCCCAAAUAAGAGAUAAUUAAUCCUUAUUCAGGGCAAAAUUAUCCUAUUCGUUUUAGUUGAUUUAUUUAAUCAAUUCUGGAUACUAGGUUCCAUACCUGUAUAGAACAGGGAUAGACUGCAAUUGCAGAUUUAUUGGCUACUGAUUGAACCCUCUAAACUUAGGACAAAAAAAAAAAAA